UAGUAGAUCUUCCCUCUUAGAAUUAAAGCUUGCUGCCUAGGAACUUCAUACUCUCAUUUUUGGUGAUUUUAGAAAUAUCCUAAAUUUCUGAUUUGACAUGAGGAAACUCCAUUCUACGAAUUCAUGCUUUUACUACAAUUUUUCAUAAGAAUACUGAGCUCAGUCGGCCUUAAAAUUUUGCUAUGCUUUUACAUUAUAGAAUGGGAGCUUUCUCAACUGGAGUUCUGACCUCUUUGGAGAAAUUUGUUCAACUUAAAAUUUGUUAACUUGUUUGAUCGAAUAUAAUGAGCACAUAUGAAAUGGUGAAGAAGUUCCUUUGGUUCUUGGCUAAUGUCUCUGUAAUUUGAGGGACUUCGCUUCCCUUAGAGCUAUAUUGAUUGUAUCAGGUAAGAAUUCGGUUACCCUACAAAAGUUAGCAAAAAUUUCAGUCAGACACUCUGGUGAUUUACCAACCAAAACUAUGAGGAUAGGUAUAAAAGUUAAAAGUGUUUUCAUAUUCGUCCUUAAUUAGGU